AUAAUAGUCCAGUUACACAUUUACAUUUUGAUGUAAUUGAGCAUAAUUUUCAGAUCAACCAGUGUUUGUACUCAUGGUAGACUGUCAUGGUGUAGUUUAACAAAAUACUUUUUCUGAGUCAACCAGGAGUCAUUAACUGGCUUAUCUGCAUUUCCCCGAGUCAACCUGUGACCAGACACAAAGACCUCUGACCUCUGAACCGAGCCGAGAGCCAAGCACACUCCUCAUACACAGAUGUGUGUAUUGUCCGGCGAGCAGCAGAGCCUCGUGUUCACUUGAGCUAAUGAUGUGUGUGUGGGUGUGCAUUCACCGUUUACACACAUUACUGUAGAUUUCAGCCCUCCACAUUCACAUAAACACACUUUACUGGAGCAGACAUAUUGUAAGUGCCACUGCCUGUUCUUCCUGUGGUUUAUAAGACUGAGUGACAGAUGGAUCUGGAGUUUGUCUCAUUUGUUACGAAUGUGACCCGUGAUUGUGUGCAAUAGAGCAAGACGGUGUACGUGAGUUAUGUGUUUAUAUCCUGUUCUGCUGAGCAAAGGUCACCUUUCAAGACAGCAGCGCUGCUUUGUUUGAUUUGUAGUCUAGUGCUUUCUUAGAAGCAUAUGUUCAUAUCUUUUCUUUUUUUUUACUUGAGAAUCAUGCUUAGAAGGCUAAAAGGUUUUUUCUCAUAUGUAAAACUUUAAAUAUGCACAUUUUCUUUUCCAAUAGAUUGGAAUAUCUACAAACAAACUGCAACUGGCAGAGACGCAGUGGUGCAGGUGGGCAGGCGACUGGACGUCUCACCUCCAGACGCAGGUAGACAGGGGUGUGUCUGUUUGCAUUUGACUCAGUGUUUCACAGAAAACAAGGGACAUGGCAGAAAAAAUGAGUCAAUGUUGAGUUAAUGCUGUGUGACGAGGUCACCUCGCUUUGUUUGGGCAGAAUAGUGACUUCUUAAUAUGCGAUUUUCGUGCUAGCUUCCAGAAAAGGCCUGUCUUCAGAGAACUGAUUGCUGAUAUGGUGGAAAUAGCACUGGAGCUGUGACUUUGGCACCCUGAAUGAAUCAUUUCGGGGUCUGUGGGUCACGAUCUGUGAGUAUUUAAUGCAGAAAUGCAGUCCACAGGGCAGGAGGAUGAAGACCGCUGUAACUUUCUGUUCAAGAUCAUCCUGAUUGGCGACAGUAAUGUGGGAAAGACCUGCGUGAUCCACAGCUUCAAGUCUGGGCUCUUCAGUGACAGCCAGCACAACACUAUUGGAGUGGACUUCACCGUUCGCACGAUAGACAUCGAUGGCAAGAGGGUGAAGAUGCAGGUCUGGGACACGGCGGGACAGGAGCGUUUCCGCACCAUCACACAGAGUUACUACCGAAGCGCUCACGGCGCCAUGAUCGUGUACGAUCUGACCCGACGGCCCACCUUUGAGUCUCUGCCGCACUGGAUCCAGGGUGUGGAGCAGUAUGGAGCCGCCAACGUGGUCUUCGUUCUGAUAGGUAAUAAGUGUGACCUGGAGGCGCAGCGGCAGGUGCUGUUUGAGGACGCAUGCACGCUAGCGGAGCGGACAGGUGCGCUGGCGGCGCUCGAGACCUCGGCCAAACAGCAUCACAACAUCGAGAAAGCGUUCGAACUGAUGGCACGGGAACUCAUAGAGCGACACGGAGGAAUAGUCCAUCAGGACAGCCAGUCAGAUUCACCGACUGUUUUCCUGCACUCAGACUCUCAUCCAGUAGAUGAAGGAGAACAUCUGGAGAAGAGGUCAUGUGACUGCUGACUGGCAAGCGACAGAUUU